AUGGCGCAAACCCAACCUCAGCAGUUCUCCCAAUCCUUUUCACCUCCGGGCUCUUCUCCCUCGCCCGCUCCGUCUCCCAUCAAUGGAAGUGUUCCACCGCCGAACAAGCGACAACGGCUCUCCCCUCUCCCUCAAUCCUCACAGUCACCUUAUGCCUCACCGAGCUUCGGAACCUUACAACUCCCACAAAGCCAACCUCUCCCAGUGAACGGAACAAAUACAAAUGGAAUAACACAGACGCCGGCACCCCCACCACCUCCCGGCACAAUGGGUCCCCCGUCUCGGCCAGUUGAAAAAGCCACAGAUGCAGCCGAACUCACAGAUGUGUUGGCGUCAUCCGGUAUCGAUGUGAGGGAAGAGGAAGCCUUUCUCACAAGUAGUUAUUCUGGUCCGGGCGUUCAAGCACAACAGCCACCCCGUCCUCAACAGCCGCUUCCUCAGCAGCAGCAGCAGCAACAACAGCAACAGCAACUCCCUCCUCUCAAUACCUCUUUUGCCUCCCAGGCUUCAACUACCGGAACAGUCUCCGCGACACAGAGUUUUAGUGAGCCCUCACAAUACAAGCCCUCAGGCACACAGGAGUCCUUUUACACCGAGCCCUCCACACAACCCCCCGCCCCUUUUCGAGAUCCCAAUGAGCCGACCCGCGAAGACACAGAGGCGGCCAGGCGUGCACAAUACCAUCUACAGGAACCGUUCCUGUUGACCAAGGUAUUGGAACAGAGACUGCAGAAACGUGGCUUUGAUCUAGGAGUACGUAUACCUACGGAAGGCCUCUUUCAUCCCGUCCCAGGCCGUCCACAGCCUAUAGAGGUUACUGGGCCUGAUGGUUCGUCCGUUGUCCGUACCGGCCAGACGAUCCUCAAUCAAGAAGGGGCACCUCUCGUGGAUAUACUGAAUUUAUUAUCCAUAUCAUGUGAGGAGAGGCUCCGGACAGUGAUCGAUUAUUCUUCUACUCUCGCACAAAGCAGGCGGGCUCACUCACAUGGAUUGGUGCCGAUCGAUUGGAAGGAUCUCGCGUCGACAGGUGGUAACAACGUGAAUGGUCACGGGGAUGGACCUCAAACACCUUCCCUCAAAAGAUCUCAUGCCGACGUUCAGUCAACGACCAGAUCUCUUUCAGAUAAAUGCCGUCUCCUGGUAGAUAAGGAUGCCUCAUACGAGGAGGCUAGAGCAGCAAAGCGGGCGAAACGCAGCGCAGAAGCCAUUCUAGGCGAAGGCGGAUCAGUAGUUAGACCUGAUUCAGCGGAUAUACCUGGUUCCGGCGCUUCGACGCCGAUCGGCGAAAGAGCUCCCAGCAUUGAUAAGAAAGGGAUAUCCAAGAAAGAAGCCAAGAAACUCAUGGAUGCAAAAGCGAACGAAGCGCAGCAACAUCAGCAAUCGGUGGAAACAGCACGAAUGGCAACCCAAACUAUGAUGUCGGGAGGAAUGUUUGGAAAAAAGAAGACAUACUCCUGGCUCAACCGUGGCCCAGCAGCCGGAAGUGGUUUCUCCACACCAACGCGCAUCAAUAAUCCCCCUACGCCAGCGGCUGUCAGUACAGAAAAAACACCACGACCCGGAGAGCCUGCUACUGUGCCGAGUAAGCAACUGGGAGCAUGGCGGGAGGACAAGGAAAAUGGGGCUGGAAUACAGGUCCGAGAUAUUCUGUUUAUGCUCGAGCUUGAUGGAAGAGCAUCCAGGCAUAUUCAAAAGGCGUAUUCGAAAGACUUGAAGGAAGACAAAGCAGACUGA